GGCUUCUGUUGCUCGGUCCGUGUCCGUGAUUCGACUCUCUGAUUCCCCGUAGCGAUCAGUCACAGCGCUGCAACUUCACUGUGUCGCUCUCUUUUUUUAAUGUUUAAGCUUUGUUUUCGGCUGGAAGUUUUUUUUUCUUCCCCUCCUGUCUCCGCUGCCGCAUACACUGCGCUCACUCUCUCUCUCCCACAGUGACCCACGCAGAUACAGUACACACACACACACACAGACACACACGCAGACACACGCAGAGUCCUCGCCUGAUUUGCACCAGCGCGGGUCAUUUCAGGUUAAACCCUGGCGCUGCGUCCCGUUCACUUUAGCCGACGGAAAUCUACACUGGUUCCUGCUGAGGAGGAAUGCACACACACCGGGACUCCACAUAAUUCUUGGAUACGAGCUUCGUCUUCUAUGUGCGGUGUUUCUCUCGGGGAGCUCAGCGGCUCCUCGGCGCUGCCUGGAGUCAGACUUCACCACUUCCUCUGUUAGGUAUGUACCCAGACGUCUGAGGAGGCUCUGAGGAUGACGCCUCGGCCUUAAACCCCACCAGUAUGUCAGAGCCAUCAGAAAGUUGCUCCCCCCCCUGGAAAGAUGAGGCCCUUCAAAAUGGGUACAUACCAAGUUACCUGGACAAGGAUGAGUUAUGUGUAGUGUGCGGGGACAAAGCCACAGGCUAUCACUAUCGCUGCAUCACCUGUGAAGGUUGUAAGGGUUUCUUCAGGAGGACGAUCCAGAAGAAUCUGAACCCGACCUACGCCUGCAAGUUUGAGGCCAAAUGUGUCAUCGACAAAGUGACGAGGAACCAGUGUCAGGAAUGUCGCUUCAAGAAGUGCAUCGCUGUGGGGAUGGCCACGGACUUGGUGUUGGACGACAGCAAGCGUCUGGCCAAGCGGAAGCUGAUCGAGGAGAACCGGGAGCGCCGUCGGCGGGAGGAGCUGCAGAAGACGGUGUGGGACCGGCUGGAGCCCACGCAGGAGGAGUGGGACCUCAUCCGUAUGGUGACUGAUGCCCACAUGGCCACCAACGCCCAGGGCAACCACUGGAAACAGAAGCGGAAGUUCCUGGUCGAGGAAGCAAUGCUUCUUAAUGAAAUAACAUGUAAUUUAUUCUAUACUUCUGACCAGAGUGCAGCGGGGGUGAAGGAAGCGAAGCCUGAGGAUAUUGGUCAUGCGUCGAUGGCAAACACACCUGAAGGAAACAAAGUGGACAUAGAGGCCUUCAGUCAGUUUACAAAAAUUAUCACCCCUGCCAUAACCCGAGUGGUGGACUUUGCCAAAAAACUGCCUAUGUUCUGUGAGCUGCCUUGUGAAGACCAGAUCAUUCUGUUGAAAGGCUGCUGCAUGGAGAUCAUGUCGCUGCGAGCCGCCGUUCGCUACGACCCCGAGAGCGAGACGCUCACGCUGAACGGGGAGAUGGCGGUCACGCGAGGUCAACUCAAGAACGGAGGCCUGGGCGUCGUCUCGGACGCCAUCUUUGACCUCGGCGUCUCGCUGUCCUCCUUUAACUUGGACGACUCGGAGGUGGCUCUGCUACAGGCCGUCAUCCUGCUUUCAUCUGAUCGACCAGGCCUCAGCAGUGUGGAGCAAAUUGAACGCUGCCAAGAGGAGUUCCUGCUGGCCUUUGAACAUUACAUCAACUACCGCAAACACAAAGUGGCUCAUUUCUGGCCCAAGCUGCUAAUGAAGGUGACGGACCUGCGGAUGAUCGGCGCCUGCCACGCCAGCCGAUUCCUUCACAUGAAAGUGGAGUGUCCCACCGAGCUGUUCCCUCCGCUCUUCCUGGAGGUCUUCGAGGACUGACCGAUGGAUUUUAGUGUAUGUGUGUGUGUGGGUGUGUGUGCGUGCGUCUUAUCUAUGUGUAUGUGUGUGUAUGUGUGCAUCCGUCAGCGCCUGGGCACCCUGGUGGUCUCAGGGGUGGAACCAGGAGAAGGGCCAUCACAUGAACUUUCUAUGAGCA